GUGAAUGGAACACGGGGUGUCGGGCGAGGGGUCACUAACAAGGAUCAGUGAAUGGGAAAACUCCUAUGGAUUGGAGCCUCGCAUUUUAUCUGCUGCAAAUGAUCACUGGAUCUUAUCCUACUUUAAGCUUCCUGCACAUUUCUCUGUUAUUGGGUUAGACCUUCCUAACUAAGAAGCAAGACGUUAGAGAUUGAAAGCAAACACCGCUUCAACCAACCUACUAAAAAAAAAACCAGAACAUAUAUUUCCAUGUGUGUGAAGCUCCCUUAAGAUCAUUAUGUCUACCUGACAACGAGAUUCUGUUACGAAAGCUGCAAAUGUCAGAAAGUCAUCCUUGGUGAAGCCAAGGUUCUACAGAGACAGAAAUCUCUCCAUCUUUUUUUUCACCGUGUGUGUUCCCUUUGAGCGUUCAAAACUGUUUCUCCAAAGAAUUUUGCAGAAACUAAGACUGUUUUCAAAAGCAGAAGCACCGCAGUCCUCAAGUGAAGUGAUGGGCAGCGUGCGAACCAACCGUUACAGCGUUGUGUCUUCUGAAGAGGACGGGAUGAAGCUAGCCACAAUGGCAGUUGCUAACGGAUAUGGGAAUGGAAAAAGCAAAAUCCACACCCGGCAACAGCGCCGGAGUCGGUUUGUGAAGAAAGAUGGACACUGCAAUGUCCAGUUCAUUAAUGUCAGCGAGAAAGGACAGCGAUAUCUAUCUGAUAUCUUUACCACAUGUGUGGACAUUCGUUGGCGGUGGAUGCUGGUCAUCUUUUGCCUUGCUUUCAUUCUUUCUUGGCUCUUCUUUGGCUGUGUCUUUUGGCUAAUUGCUCUGCUACACGAGGACUUGGGUGCACCAGAAAGCCACAAGCCAUGUGUCACCCAAGUCAGCAGCUUCACGGCUGCUUUCCUUUUCUCCAUUGAAACACAGACGACAAUUGGCUAUGGUUUCCGCUGCGUCACAGACGAAUGCCCUAUUGCAGUGUUCAUGGUGGUUUUUCAAUCUAUUGUGGGCUGCAUAAUUGAUGCCUUUAUAAUUGGAGCAGUGAUGGCUAAAAUGGCCAAGCCAAAAAAGAGAAAUGAAACUCUUGUUUUUAGUGACAAUGCAGUAAUAGCCAUGCGAGAUGGGAAGCUGUGCUUGAUGUGGCGAGUAGGAAACUUGCGAAAAAGCCACCUUGUUGAAGCUCAUGUGAGGGCCCAACUCUUGAAAUCUCGCAUUACUUCAGAAGGGGAGUAUAUACCCUUGGAUCAAAUAGACAUCAAUGUAGGUUUUGAUAGUGGAAUAGACCGGAUAUUUCUAGUUUCUCCAAUAACAAUUGUUCACGAAAUUAAUGAAGAAAGCCCUUUAUAUGAUCUCAGCAAACAAGACUUGGACAAUUCUGACUUUGAAAUUGUUGUGAUACUGGAAGGUAUGGUAGAAGCCACAGCAAUGACCACACAGUGCAGGAGCUCCUAUCUGGCUAGUGAAAUCUUAUGGGGCCACCGGUAUGAACCUGUUCUUUUUGAAGAGAGAAAUUAUUAUAAGGUUGAUUAUUCACGAUUCCAUAAAACAUAUGAAGUGCCCAAUACUCCUCUUUGCUGUGCCAGGGACUUAGCCGAGAAGAAGUACAUUCUUUCAAAUACGAACACCUUUUGCUAUGAGAAUGAAAUAUCUCUCACAAGCAAAGAGGAGGAAGGCAGUGACAAUGGGGUUCCUGACAGCAUGAGCACAGACAUGCAUCCUGAAAUGGAGCAUCGCAACCAAGCUCCUCUUGAAUCCAGACCUCUUAGGCGAGAAUCUGAAAUAUGACUCAUAAACUGCUUGCUCAAAAUGAUUGUUCAGCAACAAAUGCUGGGCAUGGGCCCAUUUCAGUUCUCAGACCUUGGUACUCUAGGUAAGGGUUUUUAAAGGAAAACAGCUGGAUAACCAAGGCUGGCCAGAAAGCAACUGCAGAUACGAUGUCCUUGGACACAAAUCCAUAUAGUGCUCUAUAGACUGUAUAGGAGUGCAUAGAGCUAAUGCAGUAGCAUUUGUUGACCUCUGGCUCACAUGCCACAAUCUGACAUCCUAUCAUUUUACACCAGUUGCUCUAGCGUUAAAUACAGCAUGUUUUAAAGUGGACAGAUGGGAAGUUGAAGCACUAAACAAUUUAAAGUGUAAUUAGAAGGCACAUAAUGUUGUAAAAUUUGUAUAUAUAUAAUAUAUGUAUAUAUAAAUAUCGUUAUUAUAUUUUUUGACAAAACUUGAACUUGCAGGCAAGCUUGUUAAGUUUUCAGUUUUAUCUAAUAUUGGGAACAAGUCCAUUUUUAAUGGCAUAACAAUAGGCAAAAUUCUGCCUUAAAUUCUAAAAUGCUGCUACUUACCUACACCUACUCUGUGUCGCAGUGGUGUACAUAUUUGUAUUGUAUAUCUUACGUAUUGAGGAGAAAGAGGCGUCACAGAAGUGUUGGCCCUUUAAAUGCCAAACGUAAAUGUUCAAAGUGAAGUAAUGUAUACUAUUUAAACAUGCACGUCUAGCCAAAAUCACCUUACCCCCAUCUUUUUAGAGCAGCCUGCAGAACAAUGCACAAGCAGAAUACAGGGGCCUCUCUGUAAGUGUGCUUUUCAAUCUAUACAUUUUCUGUGUUAAACAACAUUCUGAUUAAAUACCAAAGAUAUUAGCAACUAGAACUACAAGAAAUCUGGAACAGAUCCCUGGUAAAUAGCAGCAGGUAUGAAGAUGAAUUCUAUACACAACAGCCCUGUUACUGGUACAAAACAAUGUCUCGAGAAGUGGACAUUAAAAAUAACAUUCCAAAUAUUUUAUGGUUUGAAGGUGAAUCAGCAAAUUUUUAAACUAUUUUAAUGUUAUCUACAGUUAUGAGUUCCCACCUCAGAUAUUUGGUCCAAGAAAAUGAGUGUUAGCCUUACCAUAGAUACUGAGGAAUCCAUCUCUGGACUCAAGAUCAUAUUUUUGGGGGCAUUAAGUGACAGGCAUACACUAAAUUUCUUCUGAGCAUGUUGGAGAGAUAUAUACUGUAUAGCUGCUAUGAGUAACUUGUAUGUUUGCGAACUACAGAGAGUUUAUUUUGAGAGAAAGGGGAGAGGCGGAUGGUGGAUUGAUUUUGUAUCAAACAAAAACACAAAUAAAAAAAAGGCAUUGGAAAAAAAGGAGAAUCUCAUUUGGAACUGAUGGAACACAUCGGAAAAAAUGAUUAUUUGGAGCAGAUGAUACUGUAAAAGAGUUUUUAAUAAUUGUAAACAUGGAAAAGUGAAAUCUUUGAUUCAUUCCUUUAGUUUGGCUGGGAGUUUGUUGGUAUGAAGCGCCAGAUGUGAGCCAUAUUGACAUUUUUCCUAGUGUCAGCUGACAAGGGCGGUCUAAGACUUCACAGUGUAGGUGGGGUAUUGCAGAUUAAUUUAUUGAAAGGGAUGUGCUACGUACAUCGUCCCAUAAAUACUCCUAUUUAUUGAAUAAAAUCCCCCUUGCUUCAGCUUCAUCUCUGUGAAUAGAUUUUAAUCCAUUUCUGUACUUUUAGAACAAGAUCAUAUAAGCUCUGAACUCUUUUACAGUAUUUGAAAAAUGCUAUGCCAUUAAAAAUAAUCUUGUCCUGAUGAAUGGUCUUUUCAAACCUGUGAAGGCCCUUAACAAAUGUCUUGCAAUGAAAGGGUGGUCAACAGUAUUGUUGGUAUUUAAACCAGAACAAGUUGGUGUUGCUAGGAGCCGUCACUCUUGCAAAGGUCAGAACCUUUAAAGUAAUGGAACCCACAGUGAAAUGGAAGUCCAAGUGGAAGUUAAUUAAAAUUUGAUUUACCUGCUGCUAAUAUAUCUGUUAAAAGGGAAGACAACAAACCAAAGAGUAUUUUAUGAUAUGGAGUUCAUGUUAUAGAUAGUGGUGAGGAUGAAGGCAUGAUCAUGCAAGGUUUUAGAGAUUUGUUAUUCUGUGGAGGGGAGGGGGUGUAAUGUCAAUUACUUUACAGCUACUUAAAGUCUGCUAAUACUAAAGAACUAUUGAUGUAAGGAACGUUUCCACCUACUUUUCAUUGGCAUAAUAUUCCACCAAACAAAAGACAAACGUGCCUCUUUUGUCUUUGGGGCUCCCACAGCUCCAGAAAGUUUAACAUCAAAAUUAAUAUAAAAUCAGAUUUGACUUUAAGUAGCUGGUGGUAUAAUAUCCUUCUCAGGUGGCACCUUUUGAGGUACAACACAUCACAGCUGAGAGACUCUUUCAGUUCUUUUUUCUUAAAUCACUUUACUCUUUGUAUUUUGUAGUGCACACAACGUUUUGUAAGACAGAGAAUCUUAUUGAUACAGAUACAGUCACGAUGGACUCCAACGUGACUUUCUAUGCACUUUGACUUACCUUCUACCCUGCACAACAACCUCUACAUGAUCCCCCAGACAAUUUGCAUUUUCUUUUGAAAAAUGUACAUUUUUUAAAUUAAGGUUAUGAAUUAUUUUGGUAUUUGAAGCCAAAUGUAUAUAAAAGUCUGUAAAAACAAACAAAAAAAAACAUUAAAUGCCAAUUAGAAGUAUAAGUGGCGUCCAUUAAAUUCUGGGAGUUGAUACCUAGAAUUUUAUAAAAUCUACAAACCUCAAAAGGUCCCAGUGAUAGGGGCAUAUGUUAUUUAUUUAAGCAUGGACUUUUUUCAUUUGAAAGUGUUCUGUAGUUACCAACCAAUUAGAAUCUGUUCAUAGUUUCAAAAUUCUUAAUUAUUUGUUUCUGGUUACAUGCAGACAUAACCCUUUGUCUUUACCUGGCAGAUGUGCACUUAUUCUGAAAGGGAAUUGAAAGUUUUUACUGAAAAAUAAAAAUGAUUCCGUGUUUAAAAUGGGAAUUUGAAGUUUAUAAGUUAUAAGUGAAGUUCUAGCCCUCAGUCCCAUAAGAAUGCUAUGUCUUUUAGGGUAACACAUUAUCUAAUUUUGCAUUAUAAGCCUCUUACCUAUAAAGAAUAUAAUAUACAUUUAUCUAAUAGUAAAACACUUUUUAACAGGAAAGAUUGAUCUUAAAUCUUUAAUCUUAAAUUGAUCUUAAAGUUCAAGUGGCUUAAUAGUCCAUGUUUCUUCUGGAAAGUUGCCAAGGUGGCGGCUAUUUAUGGGAAGAAAUGUUGCUUAUUAACUGGAAUGUUUGGUGCCCAAAUUAAUACCUAGUUUUUUUUGUAUCAAUAAUAUUUAUUGGUGUUUCAAAAAGAAAGAGAACAACAAUGGUAUAGUAGCCUUUCAGUCAUAGUUGCAAGAGUAUCAAGAACAGCAACAUAGUAUUUUAAUUGACCCCAAACUGGGCUUUCUAGUGUAUCUAGGAGAGCUUUCUACCCUGAUUUCGCCCUAACUGGUCUUCAGUCUCAGCCCCUGUGCCCAUGCCCAUGGGCUAUCUCCACAGUUUGGGAACCAAUGUGUUAUAGCAUUUAUCCCCAUCUACUUGCCAACCUGUAGACCUCACAAAGAUUUCAGUAUGCUCUCACGUAUGUCUGAAAAAACAAACACUUAUUAUAUAUAUAUAUAUAUAUAUAUAUAUAUAUAUAUAUAUAUAUAUAUAUAUAUAUAUAUAUAUAUAUAUAACACAUACAGUAUGUUUGUGUGGGUGGUUGUUAAAACCAACCCACCUUUAUUCAGUGCAACUUCUCUGCUGCUAAAGAUGCUUAUCAAGACUUUUAUUUGCAGAGAAACUAUGUAGAACUGAAAAACAGCUUUCAUGUUUAAUAUCAUGUUGAAUCAUAAAAGCUCAUCAUUCAAACAUAAUGAUCAGCUUUAGAAUCCUCCUACCCAGGUUUCAUAGUUUAGGCUACUCACUGUUGCUCACCCUCAAUCAGACUGCAGCAACACUUGCAUCUGUUUGUUUUGUGUUGUGUUCAGGAGCUAACAGAGGCACAAGAUUUUUCUAUGUAUUCUAAGGUAUCUUAUUUUUUCUUCCUGAAAUACUUGAAACAAGGCAUUAAAAGAAUGUCUUAACAGAACACUGCAUGUGAAAACACAUAUGGAGUUUGUUUUAUGUAAAUAUAUGUAUGUAUAAAUAUUUGUCCAGUUAUCAAAAUCCAUAUUGUUUCUCAGCUUCCAAGGCUUUUGCAGUGAAGUUAUAUAUAUAUACUUUUUUUGGGAGAUGUCCUUUUUGUGGUAGCUUUACAAACAAACAUGCUGUAGAUCACUAGAUGCCUUUAUAACCUAUUCUCUUGCAAUUCAACAUUUAUACUGUGUUUUUGCUAGUUUUUUUUACUGAUAGAGUGGAACUUCUAUUUUUUUUUUUUUAGGAAACAUGGAAUGGGGGUUUGGGUGAUAUUGCUGAUCUGUUUGUCUAUUAUACUGUUUUAAAAGGAAAGUCCUGGUCUCUUUAUCCCUGAGCAUUUUUACCCGCCAAUGUCUCCCAGGGCUAUGCACCUUACAGCCAGUUGGCUAAUACCCUGCCUAUAAAGUCAUUCUUUUGAUCAAUGUAGUGCUCAAUAUUUGGCUUCAAAUACACAGAAAAAAUAUAGAUCAAAGAAUAUUCUGAACGACUGGUAUAAAUUUCUAGGCAAAAGACAAAUCCCCUUUCAAAUGUUACAUAAUGGAAUGUGGGUAAAUUAUUAUAUUUAUUAAGAGUUAGCAAGUUUGAUGGCAGGAUUUCCCUUAACAGCUAAGGAUGAAAAUGUUUCUUAUUUAUAUUAGCUUUCAAUCUUUUGGUAAAAGACAAAGGGUUUAAACUUGCAUUAAUCUUUUGUUAUGUCUGCUCUGAUAUUGGGGUAACUACAUGAGGAAAUGUACUGUAAUGUCUUUAAACUCUGGCUGCUGCUGGCGUAGUAAAGGUCAAAUGGCACAGCCUGGUCACCAUAUUUAGCCAAUGCUAAUUCUGGUUUGGACAGCUUCUGACAAUCAUUGUAAAUAUGUCAUUUCUGGUUGUAGCCUUUUUUUAUUGUAUCAAAGUCUUCCUAAAAUGUACUGCACAGAUUCUGGAUUGUACAGAUUUUUUUUAUUAAUAUGUCUUAUUUUAUUAUUUCUAAAAUAAAAUGAAAUAUCAAAGA